UCCCGGAGCGUUCCUAUAUAAUCCCAGGAAUCCCAACCUGGGAACAAACAGAGCAGUGAGUCCAAAACUGAUUCCACCAAGAUGACAGGAAUUACUCUGGUUCUUUUGUUUCUGCUUUUCCCUCUUUAUGACACAGAGGAGCAGGUCCUAAAUGAGCUUUACACCUUGAAAGAAAAGGAAGCUGCUCCAAGCAACCAGAGCAGGCUCCUGGUUAAAGAGCCCACCCUGCCCAUCAAUGAGCUUCUGGAGAAAAGCAGCCAGACUACUGAGUCUAAACUAAACUUCCACCCUUUACCACCCGCCGCAUGGCCCAAGCACGGCAACCUGGACCCUGUCCUUCGCCACCACGGCCCCAACAACAAGAGCAAAAAGGGCCACAAGAGUGAUCGUUUGACAGAGCACAACAGUGAGAAAAACCGAGGGGAAGCUGCCGGUCUCCUCCCCAAGACCCAGAUCACAGGAUCCAUCAACGCUGGCACCAACCGUACAGCGCAGAAAACCAACCAGGACACCCAGACCCACAUCACCCCUCCUCAGCAGGAGGAACUGGACGGACACCCAAACUCCAAACCCAAGACUCCAGCUCAGGCACCGCAUCAAACACCUUCUUCCCCACGCAGAGACCCCUCCAACAGACGGCAGGACCCAGAGGAGAACCGGCCUGGAAGGUCCGGCCUCUUCCAAUCUGGAAUCCUCCCAGCAGCCUGGAAUAAUAGUCGCCCACCAGUCUUUUUAAGCCGACGCUCCUCCAGCCUGCUCUACCAGUUUGAUGUCCUGAAGAGAGGUAGGAGAGGUCAGACAUGUUCCCUGAUCCUGAACAAUGGCCUCUGUGUUAUUAAAGGUCCUCCACAUAUGUUCUAA